AUGGAACCUGGAACUUCUAUCACAACAUGGCAACAGGCGUUCGAGGAGUACCGCAUUCCCACCACGCGGGCGAUUGAGAAGCAGCUGAAAUCAACUGCAGCCCGUGACAAAGAAAAAUUGCGAACACUUGUGGGUGGGAGCUACCGCGAACUUUUGGCCACUUCGGAAUCAAUUGUGGUCCUGGACUCGAUGACAAAAGUGACCGAAGAGCACUUAUCGACGAUGGGCCACAACUGCAGACCACCUAUUCAAAACCUAGCCACCAAGUCUCCAGAGACGAAGCAUCUCGUUUUGGCCGAGCUGCGACUAUUGCAAAGAUGUUGCGCGACUGUGGCCACGACCUUGCGCGCACAGAGAAUCCUUCUGUGCUCUCAGAUAUUGGUUGUAGCUCGUUUGCUGCUCAAAUCACUAGGGGAACAUCAGCUCCCAGCCAACAGUCUAGAUCUUCUAAGGAACAAGGUCUCGCUUCUGAGGCGCCAACUUCUGCGGCAGGUGGACGCAAAACUGAUCAGUCCUCUUUCCCAAGUUUCGCAGCUGGUUGAAGCCCUGUGUUCUUACUGCCUGGUGACGAGUGUAUCAUCGGAUGAUGCCUUAGGUCACCUUCACCAGCUGCGACUGGAUAAGAUGCGAAGGACACUCAGUAACGCUUCCACUCAUGGAAACACCAUUCAUGAAGCUCUGCGAUAUCAACUGAUCUCUUUACAAACAUUCAAGGCUCUAGUAGGCCGCCCGCUUGUGGAGGCGAUGACCAACCUUCAGAAACGGCCCAUUCUUACAGACCAGGCUCUCAGAAAUUUGGAGACACUGGAUCUUGACAGAACGAUUUCAGUAAUCUCCAGCGACAUCCAGUCGUUUGUCCCAUACUUCAAAAGAAGUGCUCUGUCGCCUAAAGACAUACAGGCGAAGUUAGAAACCUGGUCGGAAGAGGCAUCUCGAGUUCUGGUCGCUGCUUUGGAUGCUUAUCUUCGUGAUUUGGAAAACACAGUUCUAGUCCUAAACUUGCGCAAAGACCUUUACACUAUCCUGCUACCUUCCUACUUCUCAACUCUAGGGAGUAGCAAUAUGCACAACCAGAUGCGAAAUGUCCUGAGCAAGAAGCUUCAGUCUAUUUGCUUGGGUCAAGUGAAACAAUUGAAGGAUAUAACUUCAAGUCUGACCGAAGGAGUGGGUGAACAUCCGAAGAUAAAAUCAUUGUGGGAUGGCGACAUCACUCAAGCGGGAGCAAAUACUCGAGGUUCACGAGCAAUCAAGCAAGUGAAGAGCCGGCAUACUGGUCACCAUACGAGUCUGGCGAAAGCCACAAGAUCUUUAGAGAAAUGGGUUUCCUCCAUCAAAAUAACAGAAUUCUCAUUUACCGAGCUCUCAAAGACCUCCUGGCGGGAUUUAAUGGAAGAACCUGACGAAGAAGACGAACAGGAAAGCAUUGAACUUUCAAAGCAGCUCGGUAUGACCGAUGCAGAAAAUCAUGUCGGAUUUUUGCAAGAAUCACUUCGUGAAGGUCUUUCUACAUAUGAGACAAGCAUUGUCGAGGCUGCUACUCGACUGAGCUCAGGCUCUUCGGAUAUAGAAAAAGCGGUGGCACUUAUACGCUCUAUUCGGAUGUCUAUUGCUACUUUGCAGGACGCAUUCCCAAAGCACAUGGCAUUUGAGAAGAUACAUGAGAUUAUCCCCCGCCUGCAUGAGAUAGUCGCUGGAGAAGUCGUACGCCGACUAUCUCAAAUGAGUGAGCGUAGGGGAAAAUCCGCCGUUUCCAAACAGGAAAGCUUGCCGGAAGAUAUGCCAUCUCCGAAAACCUUCUCGACCCUACGACGGCUGUGCGAGGUCAUGUUCGAUAUUGGCGGGACAGAUAUUUGGUCAACGUCUGGAGUGGCAAAGGUUAAAAAUCAGGUGCAGGCCCGAGUCUUUGACGCAGAGCACAAGGCUGCAUACGUGAUGAACGAAUUUGAUGAGGCAUAUCUUCGAGCUGCGCUCAAUGUGGCUGGCAACCCAAGUGAUGAUACCUCUCACCUCGCAGGACCUCAGACCCAGGCAGCGCAGGAUUAUUGGGGAAGGACCAAGCUUCUCUUUGGGUUGCUUUCCUGA